CCUGUGAUCCGGAGGGGGGUGGGCGCCGGAGAGGGAAAGGGACGCUAUCUGUCACGUGGUUCGGCGGCGGCCGCCAUCUUGGGAAGGUUUGGGGCCGCGGGCGGGAGCAUAGAAACAGCGACCCUGAUACCCAUCUCUCCGCCCUGCCUCCCGGCUUUCUGCCCUUCGGGACUCGGACCCUUCAGCGCACGUGCCUUCCUGACCUUUGACCUUUCCUGGCUGCUUGACUGGGCUCACCUUGACCUUUGGCCUCUAACUUCUCUGUGGCUUCCUAGGCCAUCCCCGCUCUCGAGACCCCCAGACUUGAACUUCUUUGCUGAAAAGUCACUUUCCCCAGGCCUGUUCUUGGCCUCUCCCCCUAAAGCUCGCACCCACACUCUUCAGUUCUCCCCACCCCCACUCCCUUACCAGCUCAGAGACUCUGACCCCAGCCGCCCCUGGGCCCUUGGCCUGAGCCCCAGAAUGAGUGCCCCGGGGUGCCCCCUGCCCCCGCCCCUGCCCCCCGCCCUCCCCGCCGCGCCCCCCCACGUCUUCGGCCUGGAAAAAAGCCGCCUGCUGCAGGAGGCCCUGGCCGGCUCCCAAGGGAGUCCCGGGGCCCGGGACGAUGUCCGGCGGCUCCUGAUGCACAGCAAGGACCGGUUCAGGGAAGACUUGAAGUGGAUUCUCUUCUGUGCAGACGUGCCCUCUCUCAUCCAGGAAGGCCCCCAGUGCGGCCUGGUGGCGCUGUGGAUGGCGGGCUCUCUGCUGGCGCUCCCCCAGGAUGUCCCUUUGGAGAGGAUUGUGGCCCUGGCUCGGGAGAGGGGGUACACUGCGCACGGAGAGAUGUUCUCAGCCGCCAGCAUGGCGAGGCUGGCCGAGGAGGUCUUCGGCUGCCAGGCGGAGCUGCUGGCUGGAGGCCUUGGGGAGCCCAACCGAAGCCGCAUCCUGCAGCACCUCAUCUCCGGCCGCCCGCUGCUGGUCCCCUACGACGAGGACUUCAAUCACGAGCCCUGCAAGAAGAGGGGGCACAAGGCGCACUGGGCCGUGGGCGCAGGCGUGCUGCUCGGGGUUCCUGGCCCGGCCCUGAGCCCAGAUUAUGAGGAGGACGCGGAGCUGAAGGGCCUGUUCUACCCGGCCUCCAGCAAGCCCCCACCGCCCCUGCCAGACCCCCCAGAGGCCAUCUACCUCCUCUGCAAGCAGGGCAAGAGCUGGCACUAUCAGCUCUGGGACUACCAGCAGCUUUGUGAAAGCAAUCUGCAGCUGGCGCAGCUGGCCCCGAGCAGGACCACCGACGGCAAGGUCUAUGUGGUGCCCCCCGGAGGGUUGCUGGCCGGCCUCUGUGGCCAAGUCCUGCUGCUGCGGCCCUAGCACUCAGGCCUGCCCCACACGGGGGUGACGCUGGGGCCGGAGGGAGACGAGCGUCCAAAUGAGGGGCCAACAGCCACAGCAGUGGCCGAAUGAGGAACACGGGACCCGAAGGCCCAAGGGCUGGGUCCUUGUCCCGGGGCCUCUGGGCCACAACUACUUUUUGGGGACCCUUUGUACAGUGGGGUGAGCUGUCGGGGCAGAAGGGCUCAUAAACGGCUGUGCUGCUU